AUGCUCUUUGCUAGCACCAAACAUGCUCUAAUGGUCAUCUCCUGGGCUUGCCUUAUUGUCCCUGUCCGAAAGAACUGCGUUUUCGGCAAGCUCCCUUCAGAUGCCAAGGGACGCUGGGGCAUCUAUGUUAUGGUUCUUGACAAGCAGCGUUAUCCCAAAUGCACGAUGCAUGAUGCACGAUGCACUAUAGUGGAAGUUGGCAGCUCUACGGAUGGGAAAGGUGCCGGCAGCAAAUCAGCCGGGUCGACAAUUGGAGCCUCCGAUGCCACUGGUGCUGGACAAGCACGGAGCAAAGAAGAAUUGGACAUCCACGGCACGUACAAGGCCAAUCUCGUGGUCGUGGUCGGAGAACUUCUGCCAGACGUUCCAAAUAACUCUGUGAAGGCGUUCAAGAGGAUGAGUGUCUUCGACUUUGACCACCACUCGAUCCCUCCCACAUUGCCCAAUCUGCCCAUCGUCGUCCGAAGGCUGGACGAUGAGAGGACCAACUUGUUCCUUCUCCAGGACAAGAAGGAUGGGCUGUGCAAGAUUGCACAGCUUCCUCUCGCCGGCCGGGACAAGAUCGUCUGGUAUAGCGAGUGGACGGCCGGCGAUGACGCCACUCAGGCCAAAACUCGACAGAACAUUUGGCGAAACAACAUCUCCAGCUUCUGUAAAUCUUAUCAGGAAGAACACCAGAAUAACUUGUUGGAUGUCCUCAAGAAUGACGAUCCGAAUCCUCAAUCGACGAUGGAUAUUAAUCCUUUUGAGAAGUUGGUUUCUUCCACACUGACCAGAUGGUCACUGAUGCUCUUGGAGAUGUUGAAAUUGGAGUCCAUCGAAGAAGAGGCGGCUGCAAUCUUGCGGCACUUGAUCAACAGCAAGGAAACAUUCGAGUACGAUGAGGCCAAAGAAGCGGCAAGUGCCUACGAAGUCCUCUCGCCAUCCAUCCCCGAAGGAGUUGAAACGACAAAUGUCAACGCCGAGCUACUGAUGCACCUGGCCUGUGGUAUUCGCGAAGGGGAGCUGCCCGACCCCGUUAUGGAAGAAGCCUCGUACAUCUUGUUCAUCGAGAACUUCUGUGAGCUAUAUGCCUACAUGAAAGCUGAGGGACUCCCGAAGCGAAGAGAAGCCAUUCGGAUCGCCCACCGCGUGGCCUUCGCUGCCUCUAGCCGGUCACUUCCCCCGGCGACCGUGGUACAGGAUGUUGAAGCGGACCGACGAAGGCUUUUGUUGCUAGUGGAGCAAUGCGGCGAAAUGAAGAACCUUGCAAUCCAAGCUUUAAAGGCAUGGAUGCUGCAAGGUCGUGACUAUUUUCCUAGUCAAUGCAACAUCGCACCCGGCACCAAUAUCGAAAGUAUGCCUGGUCACUGUCGAAAUAUUCUGGACGAGAAAGACUACGAUACCGCGUUAAGCCGUAUGAACGAGGUUCUUCAUGUCUUCUAUUUGCACAACCAGGCUCCCCUUUACCAGGUUAUCAAGAUACUUGAGUCUGAACGGGAUGUGUGGAAUGGCAUCAAGGAGCAGCUGACCCGCGAGUCUAUCGGUCGCGACAACGAUACCGAAGAAGCGCUGGCGAGGACGCUUAGAAGAAGCUUGGUGGGACUUGGGCGGCAAGGAUAUGGAUUGCAAGGGCACGCUCAGCUGUGUUCUGCAGGUGCUCUGCUUGUUGGAUUUAUUUCAUACUUUAUUUUAUGA